GCUGAUGAGUUGGCCCCUGUUGAGGAUGCCGACGGCUGGUCAGACCUGCUGAGAGCGCAAGCACAGCUCCGCGCCAAGUACACUUGGAUACGUCGCCGUCAAUGUCGUGAGGAGCGGCACAUUAGAGCUCGCCAAUCACUGGCCAUGACUUCAGACGGCACCACAAAGCGGCAAAAACAACGGCGCAUCGAUUUCUACGCGCAGCCAUCGACACAUCCCGAAGAUGAAAGCGAACUGUCGUUGGAGGCACCUUUGCAGCUGGAGCCAGCACCAGAGAUCAGGUCUGCACCAGCCACGGAGGCUGCAUUCGAUGGCAAAUUGCAGAUCAUUUUCUGCAGCCGCACCCACUCACAACUUGCACAAGUUGUGCGAGAGAUUCGACGCAUUCCCACGGACACUGUGCCUGAGAAUUUGGCUGUGGUGACCUUGGGUUCCAGGCAGAGUUUGUGCAUCAACGAGACGCUGCGCAACCGUGGCAAAGGUGGACAUUUGAACGACCUUUGUCGCCUUGCAACUGAGAAGCGAAAUGGCCUCAACUGCGAGCUGAAGAAGUCCGCGGAGGUUAUGGCGGAUGCUAUACUAUCGGAGAUGAUGGACAUCGAGGCAAUGACGGAGCGGGGACGUGCUCCCGUCGGAGGUGGUUGCCCAUACUAUGGAAGCCGUAGAGCAGUUGCAGAGGCCGACAUGUUGCUGGUGCCAUACCCAUCCCUGGUGAACAAAGAGACCCGCCAGAAGUUGGGGAUCCGCACCCAGGGCAAUGUGCUGAUUUUCGAUGAAGCGCACAACCUGCUGGAGGCAAUUGGUGAGUCCAACUCUGUGCAAAUGACUUUGCAGCAGGCCAGGGCUGCUACAGAGGACCUUGAAACCUACACAAAAGCCUACGAGGUUCGUCUGUCCGCCAUGAAUGCCGUCCAGCUGCGGCAGUUGCGACAGCUCUCCAUGCAAUUGCACCGCUAUUUGGGUGCUUUGGAAGCACCUGCUGCUUUGACAGUGGGUGGUUUCUUGGUGGCCCUUGGCGCUGAUCAUUUUGAUCUUCCCAGCCUGGCAGCCUUUGUACAGCGCACGGAAUUGGCACGGAAGGUGCGACACUUCUCGGAGAAGGUGAAUCUUGGAAAGGCCUUGGCAUCGUCCUCGGUGUAUGUUUUGGCGGACUUACUGACUGCCUUGGAGCACAGCAGUGCAGAGGACCGCAUCAUUUGUGAGCCAGGUUCGCAGCGCGGCGAUGCGAUGCUGCGCUAUCUGAGUUUGGAUGCGGAGGCACGCUUUCAGGAAAUUCUGGUUUCAGCGAGAGCCGUGCUCUUUGCAGGUGGCACCUUGGAGCCACGGGAGUUGCGGCCCUUGGCCGCGCCGAAGUCCUUGCGCUGCUUCCAGGGACGCCAUGUGGUGCCGCCAGAUCAUGUGCUGGCACGAUACGUGACGCAUGGCCCUGCUGGAGAACUACUGGACUUCAGGAAGGACAAACGUUGCAGUGCGUCCAUGGUGGCAGAGUUGCAACAAAUCCUGACAUCCGCAGCAGCUGCAACAUGCGGUGGUAUGGUCGUGUUUUUCCCAUCCUACGAAUACUUGUCAGUCGUCGCAAACAGCUUCGCUACUCGUUCGUACUGGCGUGCCGAUGGAUGCCUUCUUGCUGGAAGACCUCUUUUUGUAGAGACUGAGCCGAAGCAAGGUGCUGCUCAAGGGCCCAAAGAUCCCCCGAAGACUCUGCAAAAUUUUGCUCAUGCAGUGCGGGAGGAAGGUGCCGCAAUUCUCCUGGCGGUCAGCGGUGGCAGCUUAAGCGAAGGCAUUGACUUCAAGGAUGACCUUUGUCGCCUCGUAGCAGUGGUCGGCUUGCCAUAUCCCAAUGCUUCAGAUUUGGCCAUGGUAGAGAAGAUGCGCUUUCUGGAUGCCAAACGCAAAAGCCGUUCAGAUGGAGGACUCAGCGGGCGAGAUUUCUAUUCUGCCAAGUGCAUGAAAGCAGUGAACCAAUGCAUUGGGCGCAGCAUUCGACAUGCGAGGGACUGGUCAGCGAUCCUGCUUCUGGAUCAUCGCUACGCGCAGCCUGGGAUCCAUCAGCAGAUCUCACGAUGGCUCCGUGAAGCGGCGACUGCUGUUGGUUUCAAGGACGCAUUGGCCCAGUUGCAGAACUUCUUCCUCAAGGCCGAAACCUUCGGCCAGAAAGUACAGGUCUCGCAAUGA